GAGUCCGGCAUAGCUACCAUUCCAGAAUGGAUCGAAUUCUCUCUCUCUUCCUCUUCUCUUCUCUCCUCUUCUUCCUCGCUCGCGCUGACGUGGACGGUGGCGAUCCGUUGAUCCGUCAAGUCGUGGACGGCGGCGAUGAUGAAGCCCCUCGCCACCAUCACCACCACCACGAUCACGACGGCGAACAGAUGCUCGGAGCCGAGCACCACUUCUCGCUGUUCAAGCGCAAAUUCGGCAAGUCGUACGCGAGCCAGGAGGAGCACGACUACAGGUUCGAGGUGUUCAAGACCAACAUGAGGAGGGCCAAGAGGCACCAGCGAAUGGACCCCACGGCCCAACACGGCGUCACUCGGUUCUCCGAUUUGACUCCGGCCGAGUUCAGGAGAAGCCAUUUGGGGCUCCGAGGGCUGAGGCUGCCGGCCGAUGCCAACACCGCUCCGAUUCUGCCUACCGAGAAUCUGCCUGAGGAUUUUGAUUGGAGAGAGCAUGGAGCUGUUACUGAAGUCAAAAAUCAGGGUUCGUGCGGGUCGUGCUGGAGUUUCAGCACCACAGGAGCUUUGGAAGGUGCCCACUUCCUUGCGACUGGGGAGCUUGUGAGCCUCAGCGAGCAGCAGCUUGUGGAUUGCGAUCACGAGUGCGAUCCAGAGGAGGCAGGUUCAUGCGACGCUGGUUGCAAUGGUGGGCUCAUGAACAGUGCCUUUGAGUACACACUCAAAGCUGGUGGACUUAUGAAGGAAAAAGAUUAUCCAUACACUGGUACUGAUCGUGGAACCUGCAAGUUUGACAAGACCAAAAUUGCAGCCAAAGUUUCCAACUUCAGUGUUGUCUCCCUUGAUGAAGAUCAAAUUGCUGCCAAUCUUGUUAAGAAUGGCCCUCUUGCUGUGGCUAUUAAUGCUGUGUUCAUGCAAACAUAUGUUGGUGGAGUGUCAUGCCCCUACAUUUGCUCAAAGAGGUUGGACCAUGGAGUUUUGUUAGUUGGUUAUGGUGCGUCUGCCUACGCACCCGUCAGAAUGAAGGAGAAGCCAUACUGGAUCAUAAAGAACUCAUGGGGCGAGAACUGGGGAGAGAAGGGAUUCUACAAAAUCUGCAGGGGCCGUAAUAUCUGUGGCGUGGACUCCAUGGUUUCAACUGUUGCUGCAGUUGAGCUAUAGGUGUCAAUCAUAAGUUAUGAUUAUUGCAGUCCUGUUUGUAUUUUGUAUAUACAAGGAUUAUAUGACAUUUACUGGGCAACUCCAUAGGCUACUUCCAAAUAAUCUUGUGUAUCUAUUCUUUGGGUUGUCCAAACAGCCUAAAUGUCCUUUUUAUGUGGCAUGUGUUUGUAAUGUUAGUUCUUCCAACUUUCAUUUGGAACUUUUAUAUGUUAAGCUAUGGAUAUACACUACAAGUGCGUAGAUCAUUA